GUAAUUACGACACAGGCUGGCUAUGAGCGAGAUCGUCAUAUUUUGCGCACCAUUGUACCUGUAAGCAACAAGCAAAAGAAGAAUCAGACGUUUCUAAUCAAUUGUUUUCUCCUCGAGUAAGUUGUGUGAUGUCAGGAAUGCUUCGCAGCUCACGUCGAGCAGCAGACACUCCGCGUCAACCCAGGGAAUCUAGGCGGUAUGGUCCUCAUAAGAUUUCCUACAGUGUUUUAGUGGAACUUAAGUAUUACCGGGACCUAUACCUUAAACAAUACAAUCUGGACAUCUGUGACUAUCGGCCAUACCAUCUAUAUAGAAAAUUUCUAGAGGAUGAGAGUCUGUUUGGCACCGUCAAUUCUGAUGAGGAGGAGGAAGAUGCAGAUGAAGAGGAGGUCAAAGGCGAGAUCCAUGUUGAAAAUAUCGAUCUGCUGAAUGAAAAAAAUUGGCGCCAACCACCAUACAGAUGAUUACAAAUGCAUACGAAAGAGGGUUGUGGAGGGGAAAGAAGAGCCAGCUGCCCUUGUAGUAAGACGUGGACAGGUCUUCCUCAUCAUGAUGACAUUUGACCGGGACUUUGAUGCAAAAAAACAUGACCUCCAGCUGCAGUUCAAAACUGGAUUGGACCCAUCCGCGCUACGAGGUACCGACGUCACUAUCAAUAUUGACGAAGAAGGGAACAAGUUUGACAACAGCAAUAAGUGGCAGGCCAGAGUAACCUCCGAGAUGCCAGCUAAGACAUUAAAGGUGGAGAUAUUCCCUCCGUCGAAUUGCAUCAUCGGGGAGUGGGAUCUGCAUGUAUAUACAAUCUCCAAAGACAAACGGGGAGAAAAAAAGAAACUUCACUAUAAACACGACCAGGACAUCUUCAUCAUAUUCAACGCCUGGUGCAAAGAGGAUGAAGUAUAUUUCCCGGAAGACCCCAAUUUCAGCACUGAUGUUGACCCAAGAGAUGAGUACGUUUUGAACCCUUCGGGAGCAGUAUACCGGACAAAAUUGAGGCCCAAAGCCUGGAUAUUUGGACAAUUUGACAACGACAUUCUUCAAAUCAGCCUGAGAUUGGUUACCAGAUAUUUUGAUGGAGUUGUCGACAAUAAAAUGGGAAGUGCUGCAUAUGUUUCGAGGGCCAUAUCUUCAAUGGUGAACUUCAACGACAAAGGCGGUGUUCUCUAUGGUCGGUGGGACGGGUUGUAUGCCGAUGGAGAUUCCCCGUCUUCUUGGUCAGAAACGCCGAAGAUCUUGCGACAGUAUCGGGACGAAGGACCGGUUAAAUACGGCCAAUGCUGGGUAUUUUCUGCCAUCACAGUUACGGUCUGUAGGGCUCUUGGGAUUCCCUGCAGAAGUGUCACCAAUUACUCGUCCGCCCAUGAUGUUGACGGUACCUGUGAGAUAGAAAGAGUCAUGGCGGAUAACGGCUACGAUUACGAGACUAAGGAAGGAGACAGUGUUUGGAACUUUCAUGUCUGGAAUGAAGCAUGGAUGAAAAGAAAUGACUUCGAAAAAAGAAUCUUUGAUGGAUGGCAAAUCGUGGACGCAACUCCACAGGAAAAAAGCGAAGGUUUGUUCCAGUGCGGACCAUGUCCUCUUCGCGCGGUGUUCAUGGGUCUUACCUACCUACCAAUCGACGCUGGAUUUGUAUACGCCGAGGUCAACAGCGAUAUCGUGUAUUACCAAAAGAAAGGCUACAAUGCAUACAAGAGGGUAAAGACGGUAAAAGACGAUGUUGGUAAGAAUAUAAGCACCAAAAAACCAGACGGGGAUUCUCUAUCAAACAUAGGUUCCCAGAGAUGGAUGCAGAGGCUAGAUGUCACCAAACUCUACAAACACGAUGAAGGCACUCCUGAAGAGAGGAUUGCUGCGGCGAGAGCAAGAAGAUUUGCUGGCAACGUAGUGGAAGAAGUGCUUCAGGAAGUCACCAUUACCAUUACACAGAAGAAGGAAGAAACUUAUCUUGGCGAACCCAUCGAGUUUGUUACUCUUGUGAAAAACACGAGCGACGACAAAAAAAGGAGAAUGAAAAUUUCCAGCCUGACAUUCAGGCUCAGUUCCAUUGACUACACAGGGCACAAACGAGUACCGAUUAAGAGCGGUGAGCACAAGGACUUCUUCCUGAACCCCGACGAAGAGAAACCCUUUGACAUGAAGUUUGCAUGGGAAGAUUACAAUGGAAAGCGUCAGGAUUCGUUUGACUUUAGUUUAACUGUGGUCGCCAAUGUUGACAAAUCUGGGAACUCCUUCCCAGAAAAUAAAGUCGUCAGUCUCUUAAACCCUGCUGUCCUUGAAAUAGAGGCGGACACUCAAUGCAAAGUCGGACAAUCCAUUGAAGUUAAAAUAUCGGUAACUAACCCCCUUCCAAUUACUCUGACUGGCUGUAUACUAAAGAUUGCUGACGAAAAGUUCGACGACCACCCAGAAAUAAAAGAAAGCGAUCUCAAACAGAACGAAACAUUAAGGAGAAGUUUCAAGCUGACGGCCAAUCGAAAGGGAAAAGGAUUGAUCAUUGUUACCCUUGACACAAAAGAGCUUCCAGACAUCAUGGAAUUUAAGGACGUCAUGAUCAUGUAAUGAAUUCUGUCCAUACGUGACCGUCCCUAGUGAUGCCUAGUAUCUAGCGGUAUAUAUGACAAUUCAAAACAAAACAAACCAUUUCGCUAUUUCAGUGUCAAUGACUUUGUCGGCACUCCUAAGAGUAGAUAUAGUCUAUUUGCAUAUAUAUCCUUUAAGAAUUUCUAGGAAUUUCCAUAUUGAAUUGUGCCAUAUUUUCAAAAGAGGACUUUCGAAUUGUUAUCUCAGGUUUUAUAUACCAAUGCUGCACAUGUAUCAUGACGAUAAAAAUGUCACGAAUUACAAUAAAAAAAAUCUCGGAUUUAGACCUUAAUGAUUAAGUUGAACAUAUUAUAUAAUGGACAUCUGUAUGGUAAAUUGCGUUUUGACCAUAACAAGUGUUCUAAAAAGAUGGGUUAUAUGAUGUUUGCACAUUUAGCGAGCCUCUCUCAAAUUAUUAUGUCUAAUGCCAUAUUCACAUACAUAUUAAACUGCUUUCCCAAUUCUAAUAUAUUUUGUCAUUAUAUGAAUAUUAUUUUGAAAAUUAAACAAAACCGAAGUUUUUCUACAGUGAAUGUAAUAGCAAGAACAAGCAGUUUGAAGAAACCUAACAUAAGCAGUCUUGUAUUUGAAUAAGUA